CAGACAUUGAUCUUUUGAUCACGCCCCUAAUAAUGAAUAGAUAUUUAAUAUUUUAAGAGUGAUCUGCCAUUGGAUAGUAUUGCGUAUGAUUUUUCAAUAUACAGUUACCUGAUAAUAUAUGGUUUCUUUUACUGUAAUACAGCGUUUGUUUAUCAGUUUUGCUGUUUUAAUAUUAUACAUGUUGUAAAGUUACUUUAUAGUGGGGGUAGUUUCGGAAUUUUAGAUUGGAACUGCAGAAAUGUAACUCUCUUAGGAAAAAUUGGUAUAUACCUCGGAUUUAUCCAAGGACCCACAAUUCUGCAGUUAGGAAUGAAAACGUCCUUAUUUGUUUAAAAAUGUGAUACCUUUUCCAUGCAUGAUUUGCAUUGUGACGUCACAGGUAAAGGAGUGGCAGCUGGUCGAUGAAAGAUAAUAUGCAUGUACGAGUUGACUACAAUUAUACGUUACAGAUAGGUUGAAAACACUGAAGUUUAUCGUUUGAACUACACGUGAUACUUUAUUCGUCCUCUAGGUUAACAUCGUUAAUCACAAAUAACAUUCUUCUGCAAAGAAUCAAUCAUUCCAUCCGUUUGGAUGUUGAUUACUUAAUGUUAGCUAAAGCUGAAUACACAGAGAAAAAAAUAUAUGGAACAAUGUAUGUUGCACAAGCUUGCAUCAUUUGUUCAGCUUGAAGAAUAUGAUAAUAGCCACCCAUUUAUCCAGUACCACAGAUAAAGCGCCCGCAUCUUCCAAGCGAUUGAAUUUCUCUUGAAUUAAAAUUUUUUUUGGUGAUACGCUAUUUAUGGAUGGAAAGUUAUAUCUUGAUGAAGGUCCCAAUUUUUUAAAUCUGAUCCAUAACAAAGCAGAGAUGGACGGAUCUAUUCCAGAAGACGAGGACAAAGUUUUUGACAAGUCUUUAGUGGGACAGGAGCCGACUAUAGCGUACAUUGGGUUGUUAAUGGUGUUAGGGUUCAUCGGCAACAUACACGUUCUGGUGGUAUUCUCCACUCAUUUUAAGAAAAACAGCACCUACGUAGUCUUUGUUCUGUCCCUAGCCGUGAUAGACUUUCUGAUGUGUUCUGUUCACAUGCCACUAGAAAUUCUGGAUCUUUGUUACCCUUAUAAUUUCUUCAGUUCUACUAUGUGCAAAGUUUUCCGAUCAAAUCAGUCAGUUUUGACUAUGACGUCAGUUUUUAUUCUGAGCCUUAUAGCUCUUGACCGGUACCGACACGUCUGCUACCCAAUGAGGAAACAGUGGUCAGUUUCUAAAGCCAAGAAACUGAUUGUAGCCUGUGUUUGUCUGGCUAUAAUUGUUUCUAUCCCGGUGCCUUUGCUGUUUGGUCCUGAGACGGUCAACGUGGCAGACAACGUGACGAAAACGAUCUGUUUUAUUGGGAGCUCAUCUAAUUUAGGAAAUGUGUUUCCAGUGAUUUAUAUUUUGUUUCUCAACGUUGCCUUCGUAUGCAGCUUAUCUGUUUUGCUCUUCUCGUAUAUCUCAAUCGGCAUUACCAUGAGAAGACAAGCAAAAACUCGUCUGUUGCUGACGUCAUUGAUGUUACCAAAUAAUAAUUUCAGAGUAUCAAAUGCGAAGUGUACUUGUUUCAGAUGUCUCUUUAGUAAGAAACUCCGUCGUGUUGAGGAUCAUUCACUCAAGAUUAUAAAUCACCAAAGAUUUCAUCGAUCAUUGUCUGUUAGUCAAAGACUUGGCGCUUUCCUUGGACGAUCUACCUCAACCGACAACAGAAGAGCAACUAAGGUUCUUUCAUGUGUGACCAUCAUUUUCAUCGUGUCUUUCCUCCCUUAUGUUACGAUAGGACUUCUCGUGACUUUAGGACAAGACCUAAGGAAUAUUCCCGAGGAUUCUGGAAUAGUGGUCUAUAGACUCAGUGUUAGAUUACUCUUAAUCAACAAUGUGAGUAACUGCUUCGUUUACGGAAUAUUUGAUCAGAGAUUUAAGAAAGCAUGUUUUCAAAUUUACAGCAAGUUUUACAGUUAUACGAAGAGAAAAUUAACUAAUGUAGUGAAACGGUGACUUCUAAAAAGUUCUCUUUGGUGAUACAUGAAGCUGUGAGAAGAUGUAAAAUUAUGAGAUAUAUCUACAAUGUCAACUUACAACAGAUUGUAUUUCAACUUACCACAGAUUAUAUUUCAACUUACAACAGAUUAUAUUUCAACUUGCCACAGAUUAUAUUUCAACUUACCACAGAUCAUAUUUCAAACCAAAUUUGCAUUGUAAUACCGUGUUGUUUAAUAAUCAACAAAUUAUGUUUUGUUACAAUAGUCAGUAGCAUCUUUUGAAUUUUUUUUUUUAAAUUUUCAUUUGGUUUUAUAUUCAAUAAAUUGUAUUCUUGAUAAGUGAUUUUUACUGCAAUAAAAUCUACAACAAUU